AUGGCGAGACCGUUUGAGGAACUGAAACACAUUAACGACUCAAAGGAGCUGUGGAAAAUUGCUGUUCGAAUCCAUCACAAAUGGACCGUUGUUUCGAAGAACAAGGAACAUUUUGAGAUGAUACUAUGCGAUAAAGAGAUAUGGUUUAUGCUUUCAUGGAUUUUAGGGUAUUUCGGGUUCAUGGUUUAUGAACAUGAUGUUUUCAAACCAUAUACCAUAUUUGGAAGAAAACAUUCUGUAUUGGAACCAUUUUCAAAUCUGGAUGUGAUAUUCAAUGUAGAGUUCCUACUAGCUUUUGAUUCGGUGUUGAUGGUCAAUAGCACAUAUACAAUAUCUAACUUCCAGGUAUCCUUGAAUGAUAUGUUGUUCAAACCUACCGAACACAAAUUCCUGUUGACUUUCACUGGUGGCACUUCUGUAACUGACAUAAACAAGCAUGACAUACCUCCUAAACCCCUGAACUUCACACCUUUUGCUGAAAUUCUAACUGGGAAAUGGAAGAAGGAUGUUUUAAUAGAUGUCAUAGGAAUGGUCUCGGAAAUUGGCUACACCCAGAUUCAAGCUGGAAACAAGAAGCAACAGAUAAAUUUGGUCUUGAAGGAUUUAUGCAAUAACAUCCUUAAUUGUACAUUGUGGGAAGGAUACGCUAUGCAGUUUCAUGAAUUCCAAAAACAAAGAAAAGAUCUUUCUUCACCAACUGUUAUUGUUUUGCAAUUCGCUAAAGUAAAAGAGGAAGGUCUCUUGUCUUUUCUUUUUCUUGAUCGCCACGUUUAG